GCGGGGCGAGCGCCGCGAACCUGGAAAGCGGAUCUGACCACGCAGUUCGCACUGUCAGGUCUGGGCGGGCCCAGAGAGGGACCCCCUAGCCGCUCUCCCCAUGGGGAUGUGUUUUCCCUGUCCGGGGGAGUCCGCGCCUCCCUCGCCGGACCUGGAAGAGAAAAGAGCAAAGCUUGCAGAGGCUGCAGAGAGAAGACAGAAGGAGGCUGCAUCUCGGGGCAUUUUGGAUGUUCGGUCUGUGGAAGAAAAGAGAAAGAAAAAGGAAAAAAUAGAAAAACAAAUUGCUACAUCUGGGCCCCCACCAGAAGGUGGACUUAGGUGGACAGUUUCAUAAGCGUAACGUGAGUAGAAAAGUCUACUGCCAGUAACUAAUAUCUGCAAUCAAGUGGACGUCCGCAGCCUAAUGUCUUCUCUUUGAAUAAAUAAUAAAAUAAUUUAUUGUAAUUGUAGUGCCAUUAAAUGCAGUCAGUGCUUUUCCAGAAACUGUUGAUAGACCGAAACUGUUUUUGAUGUUCAAACUUAGAAAAUGGCCAGACCCUUCAGCAAAUACUUAUUUUCUUACAUUUGCUCUUAUGCAGGUAGUGGGUGAUUUGCCAUUUUUUAGUAAUUAAAACAUGGACCUAAAUAGUGAAUAUAUAUAUAUAUGUCGCAUGCAAAAAGUCUGCAUACACCUCAGACAUUAAAGUUUGCCAUUGUAUUUUAUCUCCUUUAUACGAUGACCUAGCAAUCUAUAUUUUUCUGCUUAGCCUUGUAUCUGUUUUUAUUUCAUUAUCUAUGAAGGUUUUUGCUUAAAAGUAUGGACUUUGUGCCUUUAAACUGAUCAUCAGGGAAAAUGUUGAAAAAUCAUUUGAAGGGCUUAUGUGAAGGGACACUGUAAAUUUUUGUAUCUUACCAAUGAAUGAGUAAUGAAAAUUUGUAGAAACUGUUGAAUUUCUCCUAAUUUAUUUUCUAUUUCUGUGGCUUAUAAAAUUAACAUGUAGGGUUUUACAUUGCAAUAAAAGUGUUUUUUUGCUUGCUGAAUUUAAAAUUAUAUAUUAAUAGUACCAUCAGAGGGCAGUGAUCUAUUACACGAUGUCAGACUCAGCUCUAAAGAUAUUUGUAGUAACUGAAUGAGUUAAACUAAGAAUCUGAUGGGCUAUACUGAGUGAUAAUAGAUUUGUCCAAAUUUCAUAGGUGUUUUUAUUCUUUUGUAUUUAUUAAAGAAUGAUCUCAAGAUUUAUACACAUGCGAAAUUGCCAAGGCAAAUGUGAAUGUAUGAAAUAGAAACAUGUAGGUACUGUAUUUAAAAGGUCUACUUUAAACAUAAACAUACUAUGAGGUAACUCUAUGUGAUGCAUAGUCAUAAGCUUUUCUAGUUUUUGUUCAUUAGUAACAUGAGCAUUAGUAACAUUAUAGCAUUUUUGUUUUUUGAAUUUUCGUUUUUAGUAUAUAAUAAGCUAAAAUAGGAGAAUUCCUAGAUCUUUUAAUUUGGUUGCUAACUCUUUUGGAUGACAAGGCCACAAUCUGAGCCCUAAAUUAGAAUUUGUAAGACAGUUAAGUGCCAAUGGAGACUAUAAAUUAGACCAGCUUAUUUGAUUUACAAAAAGAAAACUGAGCCAUCAUUGUGCUCAUCCCUCCCACAAGACCUGUAUUACAUAGCAGUAUAUCAUAUAUGAUAAUUUUAGAGUUUGAACUAUAUUCUAGGUCUCUUGACUCUUCAUUGGAAAAAUUAUUUUUUCUAUUAUGGCAUAAAAUAGUUUAUGAAUAUCCAGGCAAGACAUAUAUUUAGACAGGCUCAGUUUUUCUUCAUCCUUUAGAAGGUCAGUGGUAUUUUUGUUGAUAAAGGAUAGUGAAAUCAUUGAAUUUUAUUUUAGAAAUAAAAUUUUUGACCUUAUGAACAUGAUUAAUUUCUCCAAGGCAGAAAGGAAGAAAAACAUCAUCAGCAGGUGAAUAGAUAUAAAGCCAGAAUGUACUAACCUUGAACUGUGUAAAUCCUUCCUUCUGCUUUAAUAUAGAAAGAACAAUUUUAUCUGUA